AUGGGGGAUCGAAAAGCCCUGGAAGAUGCAUCAAAGCGACUUGCGAAUGAUUUGGCAAAACCGCUACCAGCGAUAUACCAAUACAAUCGUUGGCGCUUGGAAAAGAUCAUCAGCAUUUGCGGGAGCCACCCAGCACUGGUUUCACGUGGCUUCAUCUGCAAGUUUCGGAAGUCUUCUUUCAAUCUCACGGAGGGUAUUCGCUUGACACCCCUGCUCUUGCUCCUUAAAUGUGGGCCCCCGUUGAAGGUUUUGCAAUCCUUUAUUGAGACACACAAAGCAGCGUUGCUUGAUCCUGUGUAUCUGUUAAACAAUCGUCCCCUCUUCUUUGCAUGUGCCCUUCCCUUUGUGGAAAUGAAACGAUGCCCUGGUGUCCUUGACUACCUUGUAAAGCAGUUUCCAAUGGAGACCUCCGUUGAGUCUCGACUCCAACUCCUCGACGGUGCCCGAUCAGGGCAUGCUAACUGCAAAAUGCUCCCGAUCUUUGCAUUGGUGUCAUCGAACUAUCCAGCGAGCUUGGCCGAUGUUCAAAGUCUUUUCCAAGCGACCUUCGAACACUCUGGAACAGCGCUAACGUUUGAUAAAGCAAGAGCAGUAGAACUGUUGCGCUCAUCGAUGAAGGGUUGUAACGAGAACGACGUGACGGCAUACCUAACUGAGAAAGUCAUUAGCUCUGGUCUGGACUGCCUUGAGGCUGAAUGUCAAUCGUGGAGCGACUGUAACAUUGUAUCGACGCUCCUAAAAAAACUAUCACUAAGUCGAAUUGAUGUUGCCUUCGGAGAAGGCUUAAACUUCUCCGAAAUCUUUGAGGAGAUCAUGGAAACAUGGACAAAGAAUGCUCAAACAAUCAAGAUCCUGAAGCUCUAUCUGCCGAAAAAGCAUCAUCGCAUGCGUGCAAUGUCACUCGCAUUGGCAGACAGGCUUGCGGCACUCCCGUCAACAAGUCUAGUAGAGCUUCACAUCACCUUUCCUGGCGAUGGUACGAAAGGGUUGUCAUUCUAUUAUGAAGAUGAUCAUUUGGGAUCCAGGGACAUUUCAAGUCCUAUUGCUGGGUUGAUCCAGCGCAAUCCUGGUCUGAAAAAGAUCAUUUUGCAUUGUUGGUUUCGAGUUGAGCCAAUGUCAUUUUUUCAAGCCGUCGAGAGCCACGGUUCUUCGUUGGAGGAGUUCAAAACAUGUUUCCUAUGCCACAGUGGCCAGGAGUAUCAAGAUGCACUCGAAGCUCUUGUGUCAUUGUUGGGUCGAAGCACAAGCUUGACAUCGGCGGAACCUAGGUUCCCUUCGGGUGCUUCUUGGCUGAAAGAUAAAUCCAACAUGAAUCUGAUCCGCAAAGCGAAGUACCUUCAAGACCUCAAUUUGCUUGGACGAAAGCAAGCGCGAGAGAACAUGUAUGAAUUGGUGAAAGUGCUGGCACCGGUGCCACAGGAUAGCAUUGGCAAAACCAACGCAGAUGCCUCGUGUAUCAGAAGCAAAAAUCCAAACUCUGACAAGUCGAGGUUUGGUUUUGACAUUGUCAGCUUGAAUUACAGUUUGCUUCGUGAAAACCCGAGCUUGUGGUGUGAUGAGGCGGCUGCCGACCAAACGCGGACCAUGUGCUGCCAACAAGUGGAAGAAGCUUAA